GUGAUACCGACUACUCUCGGUUUGACGAGACGGCCAUGAUAGAGGCGAGGAAGAAGAAACCGGAAACCACAACCGCCCUUUCCGGUGAUGGUUCGGUCUCAGCUUCGGUAGCGUUUUCUGUUUACUUGGUUUCUGGGUUAUUCCUGGCCGUCGGAUUCUGGGUGGCCCAUAAUGUCUACGCCGUCGAUCUUGUCUCCGAUCCGUAUCGCACUCUCCGUCUCAUCUGGAGUAUCGAAUUUCCGGUCGUGGCAAUCGUCUACAGCUUGUUCAGACAAAAGCCAGAUGAAUGCUCGUACUGGAGAGCUGCUGCAAGGAGCAUAAUAGGCUUAGUUACUGGGGCUCUGGUAAACGCUUUAGGAGCAAUUGUUUUGGGUGCACCUGUUGGCUUGCAAUAUCUAUGGAAAACCAUUAAUUGGUCCCUUCUAAUGUCAGUUUUCACCUUUGUACCAGCAGCUGCAGUUUUUGGUGCAUCAUGGGCAGAUUGGCAUCGUAUGUUUUCUUGCAUGAAGCCAACUUCAAACAGAGAUUAUAUGAUCACUGUUCCGGCCUAUGGAGCUAUCAUUGGAGCAUGGUUUGGAGCUUGGCCUAUGCCACUCGACUGGGAAAGGCCAUGGCAGGAAUGGCCUAUAAGUGUGAGUUAUGGAGCCAUUGGAGGCUAUAUUGCCGGAAAGCUGGUUUCUUUGGUUUUGAUUAUUUUCAAGAAGAGACAUCUGAAUGCUAAGCUAGAUUAGGCUGCCUAAUUCACCACUGCAAGCUUUGUUUCUUGGAAUACAAGUAACCCACAGAAAAUUGGAACUCACAUUUCUUGAAGCACAAGUCAAAAUUCACCAUCAA